GUGACGGAAGGAGAAGAGGAGGCGGAGGUUUCAGCAAUGGAUCAGUACUCUGCGUCGACCAUCGCAGCUGGAAUCGCAGGAAAUUUGUUCGCCUUCGUUCUGUUCGUGUCGCCGAUGCUGACGUUUAGGAGGAUAAUCAGGAACGAGUCGACGGAGGAGUUCUCGGGGUCGCCCUACGUCUACUCGCUGAUGAACUGCUUGAUCUGCAUGUGGUACGGGCUGCCGUGCGUCGGCGGCGUCGUGCUCGUCGCCACCGUCAACUCCGCCGGAGCCGUCUUCCAGUCGGCCUACGUCGGCGUCUUCAUUUUCUACGCCGACCAGGCCAGAAAGUUGAGAAUGAUAGCAAUGUUCAUGGGAGUCCUAUGCACUUUUAUCGCCAUUGUUUACGCCAGUUUGGAGUUCUUCGACCCUCUAAACCGAAAGACCUUUGUUGGAUACUUGAGCGCAGCUUCACUCAUCUCCAUGUUUGCUUCUCCUCUGUUUAUCAUCAAUUUGGUGAUCAGGACUAGAAGUGUGGAGUUCAUGCCAUUCUACUUAUCCCUUGCCACCACCUUGAUGAGCCUGUCUUUCUUUGUAUAUGGGAUGCUAUUGCAUGACUUCUUCAUAUAUAUUCCAAAUGGGAUCGGAGCUCUCCUUGGGGCUGUUCAAUUGUUAUUGUAUGGCUAUUACGGUGGAAAAUCUAGAGAGCGGUCUAUUUUGCAAUUGUUGGCUUGAUAAAAUAAUUGUGUGUUCAUUUAUUUUGCACUUCUUUUUUUGAUUGGGGAAUCAAAUAAAUGUUUACUCUCUUUGUAGUUGAUCCGGUCGAGAUAAGGGAAUGGGUCGACUGUUUGAGGGAUCAAAGCAGAGCACCACAAAUAGGUCGGACACGGAUAGGGUUGCUGCUAAGCGAGAGUCUCCUAUCGGCUCGGCGGGUGGCUAAAUCGCCUUGAGGUCGACCAACUAGAACCUGCAGAUCACUAGAAGCGACGACCACACGACACUAGUUCUAGAACCUUCUCAAUCGCUAACGAGCAAUCACAGAGAAGAAUUUAGAAGGGAGGCCUAAGCGAACUGUGGUAAAACUCCACAGACCUCAAAUUCGGCGCACAGUAGAAAUAAUGAAAAUAACUAAUUAGUAGAAAAGUAGCCUUGUCUAAUUGCGCUCGUUUAUACAGCACUCUUAUACUAGCUUGAUCGAAGAGUGUAAUAAAAUCUUCAGGGCGCGUAG